AGCUUAAGGAUUAUAACCCUUACUAAAAAGAAUUCUCCUUUCUGUGUUGUCGAAGGAAUCGGGCGUAACACCUUUUUCACAGAACACCUUUCUUUUGUCAAGUAUGAUCCUCUGGCAACAUGUACACGUGGUAAAUAAACACGUAAUAAGUAGCUUUGUAACCAGCAAUUGAUGGUAUUUCAACAUAGAAUUAGUUAAUGUUAAAUUUAUAAAUGUACUUUUAAACAAAAGUGUAUUCUUUUAGCAACGCGUGCAUGUGAUAAACAUUAAUUUCGGCCCGCCCAUUCCGACGUAAUAUAUGAUAUACGUAUAUAUAGCCGUCAAUUUAGAUGGAGUUUAAUCACCUAGUCACAUUUUGUGUGAAGUUCUUUUGGUAGGAAUGUUUUUCACCUCACACCCUUUUCUUAAAAAUAGGAAAAAGAACUAGAAUUUUUUUAUUGUGUACUUUAUAAUUCCUAUCGAUUAUAAGGUCGAUAAUUUAUUUAUACUCAUCUUUAGGGCGCUGUGUUGACAUUUUGCACAUUUUUGUAAAUUUUGUGUUUAUUUACUUAUAUUUGGUGUAUUAUUGCAUUAAAUAAAAGCUGAUAGAUUUAACUAGAGUUUAUUUAUGGAUAUAGUUCCGAUCUGUCGAGUAUGCCUCAAAACUUCAUUAUCCUAUAUAGAUCUGGAGACUCCUUUCGAGCAAAGCAAUCCUGAGAGCUUCCACUUGGAGACUCAUCAAUCAAGCAUGUUUACUACAUAUAUGGAUUGCUUCCGAACUUGUACGCAAUUAGCAGCAGCUGAUCGAGAGGAGGAAAUGCCUCAAAGUAUUUGUGAACAAUGCGGGUUUGAAUUAGAAGUUGCCUGGAACUUCAUUAAGAAAUCUGUAUAUGCAGAUACCAUUUUAAAAGGCAGCCUAGAAAGCAAAGAAAAUGUAAGCAUUGUGCUUCUUGGUGAUUUUGAAGAAUAUGAAACAGAAUUCGAAGUAGCAGAUGAGGAAGUAUUGUCAUCAGUCAGCGAUGAUAAAAAUGUCGUAACAACUUUAAAAGAGGAGGAAGAUGGAAAUGACAAUAUAACCACGCAAGAAACGGAAAACCAAGCGUUGAUGGUGCUUUGUUUACAUUGUGGCUCUUAUUUUAACCCGAAAUUUGAGCAUAGCCAUAAUACAAGCUCUCCUAUUUUAUCAAUAAAACUAAUCGAAGAGGACUCUUUGAAUAGAAACUUGAAUAUCGAUUAUUCAGAAAAUAAUGAAAAGGAUAAUGAGUCUCUGAAUGAAACGAUAACAAAUGAAUCUGCACCAUUAAUAGAAGCCGAAAAGCAUUCCAUCUUGGAGUUAAUGGACGUUGGCAUAGAUGGUGGAAAUAUAACCCAUGAGAGUUUCGAAGAGGAUGAUGUUAAUACAGAGAAAAUCAUCAUCGAUGAUAAUGAAAUCGAUUUGAACUCUGCCUUCUACUGUUCAACUUGCCUUCAAUCAUUUGAAACUCGUCGAAAGCUAUUGCUUCAUUCUCGAACUCAUAAAGCCUUUGAUGGAAAAGCUUCUAUUUGCAAAAUUUGCCAUCAAAAAGUAACUAAAGGAGAAACAAUACGUCAACACAUAAAAAACAAUCAUUCAAAGAUUAUACAGUGCAGUGAAUGUGAAUAUCGAUGUCAGGAAGUUAAAAUGGAAGACCAUGUGCGUCGAACUCACGACAAUUCGAUUACCUUUCCUUGUAACUUUUGCGAUAAAACGUUCUUCUCUCAGACCUUAUUAAAUACGCAUCAUAAGUACCACCAACGCAAAGAAGUUAGUGUCAAAUCUGAUGCCUGUCAAAUAUGUGGUAAGCGAUUUUCCACACAACACUACCUGCGCUUGCAUUGUGAAGUACAUCGUAACGAGCGACAACUUCACCAAUGUGACUAUUGCGAUAAAGUUUAUGUCAGUAAAGUAGCUCUGGAAAAUCACAUCCGCCUUCAUAAAGGCGAUACAAUAAAUUGUGAUCAAUGCGGGAAGCAAUUUGUACGCCAAUAUGAAUUAAAUGUACACAUGCGAUUCCAUACUCGGGAUUAUCCGUUUGAAUGUGAAGUGUGCGGAAAAAAAUUCGCUAUAAAAGGGCACCUGCGCACACACAUGUGGAGACACCAAGGAUUGAAGCUACAAUGUGAAGAAUGUGGAAAGCUAUUCACUUCAACAAAAGCAUUGCAAGAACAUUCUUUUGUACACAGCGAAAUGCCUUUUCCGUGCAGUUAUUGUGGCCGGGGAUAUCCCUCCAAGCAAAAAUUUAAAGUACACCUUAAAUCGACGCAUCUUAUUGAUCUAACAGAAGAGGAACUCCUUAAAGUUACAAAAUUACAAACACCGAAACCUUUACAUAGAAAAAAAACUUACUUUAGUACAAGCGGACAGUGUUAUGAAAGAGAUUGAAGUAAAGGAUAGUGGUGGAGAUGUGGCAAACGACAUAGAGGAAAUGUUGGUUAAACUUAAUUGAUACUUAUGUUUGAGAAUAAAUAAAUGUAAUUGAAAUCUAAA